UCUUCUUCCGCCCGCGGGACGAAUAAACACGCGUUUGCGUCAAGUUUCCCUCCGGAGUUAUUCACAAAGAUCUCUCAGCAGAACCAAAUGUUGUCUUUUAACGGUCUUCUAUGAUUAAAAUGGCUACUUUCACACGGAUUUACCCGCAGCAGCGCGCACGGCUCGCGUUAUCAAAGGCGUCGCAUCCUAUUAUAAACACACGCUUUGGAAGAGGGAACAGUAUUUAUCACGUUUAUGUAUUUCUUGUUAUUCCUACAACCCGACCUCAGACCACUUAUAUUCCAUUUUUGCGCACGUGUGCCACAUUUUUACGCAUAAUUACGCACGUUAAAUCCCAGGGAAGAGGCGCGUUCCUCUCCUUUAUAUUUGGGAAUGUGCCGUUUCGUGGUGGUUCCACUUUGACCUGGCGCUGGAGCACUACCGCCAGCAGCCGCCAGCAGCACCUGCAGGUGGACCAGCAGCGGCCAAACUUGUCCGCAGCUUCAUGUCUUCGCCUCAACUUCUCCACUAUUUGACAGAAGUCCUCGGAGGCGGCUGCGGAGACGCGGGACACACUUGGCACCUGCAGCGGUUUCACGCCGGAGCCCGAUCCACAUGCUCGCCAAUCCGCGCUCACAAUUAAUAUUGGACAUCCGGUGGCAGUGCCAGCUGCGCCCCAUUUUUUAUUGUUGUCUGUGCGCUGGAAGGAUCCCUGUUGUCUCGGAUGCUCCCGCGACGCGUGGCCGCUGCGUUUGGGCUGGGAGGCCGAGAGCUGCCGGGCUGCGACAUGUGAGAAGAGCUCGACCCCUUGACCCUCACAGCUCUCUACCAUCGAUCUGAGCUUGAUUGUGGUCUUUGCAGCAGAACCCACUUGAAGUGACGUUGUGACCGCGACCUGACACCCUCCUGCCUCGGGCAUGCCUCAGCCGGGUAUGAAUGGGAUGGAGCCUGUGUUUGGCGAGGCCUACGGGGGACACAGGGGCCUGCUGAGCCCUUACCCCCUGGCCAUGUCGCCACAAGGGGGCAGGACCGAGUACGACCAGAGCGUGCUCCUCAUGCUAGGCUCCCCGGCAUCGCCACGGAAACGGCCCUUUGAGUUGCUAAGCGACCUGGUGGACGACGGUGGCUUCGGCGAGGACCUGCACCCGGAGCGCUGGGACGUGUCGUCGCUGGACGAGAUGGCUCGCUACACCAAGCUGGGCCUCGGCGUGGGAGGGGAGCUGCUAGCCUGCUCCGAGGAGGCCGUCCUGAUGGGCCGCUGGGGGAGGAGCCGGGAGGAGGAAGAGGAGGAAGAGGAGCGCAGGAGGAGGAGCAGCAGACACACGGCGCCUCCCGUCACCCAGGAAGUCCAGGCCACCGCUGCGGGGAGGGAGGAGGGGCGCCUAUCUGUUGCCUCGGCAACAGGGAGGGAGUUAUGUGUCACAGGAAGAGCAUCCGGAGGAGGUCAGGAUGGGGGGAUGUCGAGGGAGCGUACGGUGGAGGUGUAUCAGGUGGCACAGGAGGAAGAGGAGGCGGUUGCUGUGGCAGCGGCAGGUUUGGCUCUGGAGCACUGCAGCGAGGAGCACAACUACUCCCUCAGCAAGGGCGGGGAGCCGGCAACAGGACCCAGUCACAAGUGUCAAACAGAGGAGGUACAAGCAGGGGAGACGCAGCAGGAGGUGCGGGGCAUGGAGGAGAGCCAGGCUAAGACUGAGGACGAGGAGCAGGAGGAAGAGGAGGGGGAUGAGGAAGAGGAUGAGGAGGAGGAUGACGACGAAGAGGAGGAGGAGGAGGAAGAGGAGGAAGGAACGGAGGAGACGGCAGUGGAAGCUGAACUCUCCAGCUCCUCAGAAACUGAAUGUGAGGCGGAGGCGGAGCCGGCCAGGCAGCCCGGCGAGCGGCCAUCGAAGCGUCGCUGUUUCUGGGAGUACAGACGCGCACGAGACUCGGCCACGAAGAAGAAGCUGGGCGGGGACGUCCACUGGUCCCUGUCCUGGAGCUCCAGCACUUUACCCAGCACGCUGUACCGCAGAGAAGGUAAAAAAGGGCGCCGCAAAGCUCGCAAGACGGACGCCAGCGACCUCACGCCAAACCCCCAGAAGCUCCACAACAUCGGGGAGCAGCUGCAGAAGCUCAACGCUGCCAUCGACGGCAUGGGUCCAGUCAACGACCUCCCUGCCAUGGCCCGGGCGAGGUCACGCAAGGAGAAGAACAAGCUGGCGUCCAGGGCCUGCCGGCUCAAGAAGAAGGCCCAGCACGAAGCCAACAAGAUCAAGCUGUGGGGGCUCAACCAGGAGUAUGAGAACCUGCUCGGCGCUUUGCUGCGGAUCAAGGAGGUGAUCAGGCGACGAGUGGAGAGCAGCGAGGAAGAGGACACGGACGAACGGGGGAUGACGCAGCGCCUGGAAGACAUCCUCCGAGAGUCCAGCGGGCCUUUAGUCGCCGGGCGGACCAAAGACUUUGUGCAGAGGAUUUUGGCAGCCAGUCAGAACCAGCGCAAGGAGCCCCUGCAGGGAGGAGACGAGACAGCGGGGUAAACCCACCCAGCGACCCCCUUUCCUCUCCCUCUCCUGAUUCCACGCCCUCGCUCGGCCGCAGCACCGCCAACCAACCGGACCCGAGCGAGCUUCUCGUCACCACCUCCACUCUCUCACUGUGUAAAAAGGAAGGGGUGAAGCGGAGGUGGAGAGGCUUGGGGAGCACACGAAGAGGAAGGAGUAGCGUAAACAAAAUGGGAGUAAAUUGCCGCCCUGCUCUCAGUCCUGCCCUGUUGGCCCUCCAAUCAGCAGCCGCCUUCACCGCUCUGUCUCUGCCGGCUGCACCACAACCACCACCAGACCAGAGCUGCUGCUGACGUCCCCGUAUUCUGUGUUCUGUCUGUGAGUGUGUGUGUGUGUGUGAGUGAGUGUGUGUUGGACAUGUAACAUACUGUAUGAGCGUGUACAGUGUUCCUCUCUCCCUCUGUGUGCUGUAUUUGUACCCCAUUGUGCCUAUGAAUAGACAUUGCACUGUUUUGUAGAUGGUUGUAGUCGUCGGCAGGGGACCGGUAGUGAGCCGAGGGCGAGGGGGCAUCUGAGGAUAGAGGAAGUGCUAAAAUAAGGAAGUGGGAGGAGCCCAGGCCUGGAAAACAAAGAGGCGUGUGUGUGUGUGUCUGUGUGUGUGUCUGUGUGUGUGUGUGUGUCUGUGUGUGUCUGUGUGUGUAUUUUCAUUUGACUGGGCUCCCUAUAGAAACACUGCAUUCCAUUCAGAUUGCAUCGGCAUCUAAAAUGUCAGCGAGCGUUGUGAUAUGCAACAAGCGCCGUGGUCCUGAUGCCAGAUCAGCUGUUAAUGGAAACAACCGAGUGUUUGUUGUGGAAAAGUCCUCGGAGCUUUAAUACCCCGCCCCCUCACUCUUUAACACCCCAUCACUUUGUAAGCAGAGUUAAAAACGAAAGAGAAAACUGCACCUUAAUUCAAACUGACCAAAGAUAACUGAGACUGCUGAGCCACUCAGAUGCUGCCAACCAUUACCACGUCAUUAAAAAGAGUGAUGGAUACGCUCACUGAAACAUUUAGAUUGCUGCCAUGUUUACCUACGUGCGUCCUCAAAGGUUGACGUCACUGACCCCCCCGUUCACCUAAAUGCACUACCACCACGAGUCGGAGAGGCCGUGGUGACAGAUUGGAGCUGCAGCCUGGUGCUCCUCCAUCUGCAGCCGCUUCGUUCACCCACAAAGGGAAGUGUCCUCAGUGCCUCCCGCGCCCUCUCCUCAACCCCUGACCUGAAUAUGUAGCGCACCUUCCUGAAUUGCAAUGACAAAUAGAGGAAAAAAAGACACUUGUAGAUCUAGAAAGCAAAUAAGUUCAAUUUGUUUGUUUUUUAAUAUUCUGACUAUGAUUUUGUUGUUAUUUGGCAAAGCCACCGCCCACAAAGUGGGCGUCAGUCUUGAGAUGAAAUCUGCCUUUCUUCUGUGGUCUCUGCUGAAGCUGUAGACCGACAUGUACAAGGUCUCUAAAUGUUGUCGGACAUAAAAUGUCAAGGACCCUAUGAAUUGCACUGUGGUAAGAGCAACCAAGCACCUUUUGAAGAGGGCUUCAGAUCCUCCAAAAGAGAAAGAAAAGACUCUUGGCACCUUUUUCUAAAGACAGAUAUUGAUUGAGAACGUCGUGGGCGCCCGGCACUUCGUCUGGUGGUCUGGGUUUGUUUCAGUUUGGUGCUACUGUUUGACGAAAACAUAAAAGCAAUGCAAACCUGAGCGGAGGCAUUAGGCAGUAACUGCUGACUGGGUCCUGACCUGUGGGCACAUAUUGUUGUAAUAGGCAGUUUUGCAUAAUGACGCCUUUCUGAAGUGCCUGGAGCUUGAAGCCACAGGGACCUGUGUUAUUAUGCCUGAUCUUAUACCCUAUUACGAACGUAACCCCUGACUACUGCUCCGAGCUCGGCCUCGCUUGACUUUACUUAGAAAAAACUAAACUACAGGCUUCUGUGAAAUCGUUUCACAUUCUCAGCCAAAAAAAUUCAACCAAAAUCUUCUCCUUUUCCCAGUAAACGUGGAAAACAGUAGCUGGAACCGGUUUCUGUGAACAUCAUCUCUGGGAAAUAUAAGUUUAGAAGCGGCUGUUAGCGAAGUGAUCCUCUUUGUUUUUCAACCUUGACAAGCUCCCGACUUGGUUACGUUCCCAAGCUGCUGCUCUGCAACACUGUUCGCCUCCUAUGGAAACUCCAUUUCCUGGAGAGGAGCAGUUAAAACUCUUAAACUCUUCACCUCCCUGAGGUCUCGCUCACAGUCGGUUUGAAAGCUGCCGAUACGAAGGUUCAGGGCAGUUCCUGUUUUAGUUUUUGUUUCCUUUUUCUACGCUCUGGGAAAUGUCAACUCCAGCUCGUGUGAAUGCAGAGCUGUUGUGUAAACGCAGGAUUCCUGUUGUCGAGGCUGGAAAGCUUCUGCUGCUGGUGAACAGGGCUGAAGCAGCAGCAGGCUGCGAUGUCACUGAGGCUCUGAACGCCACCGGAGAAACCUGCUUGGGUUUUAUUUUACAAGAUGUAGGACGAGUCCAACACUGAGGGCGGCAGAAGGAAAGUCUCUCCUGUUUGGAUAAAGGUGCUCUCUGCUCUUCCCGCUGCUGAGACGUGCAUUCCUCCCUCCCUCCUUCUUUUCUUUCAAGGCUUGGGAAGCUGGCGACGCUGCCAGCGGAGUCACAGGAUCUCCUGCUGGCAGCUGCCUCCCUCACAUGCGGCAAACGAGCAAAGACAAUUGUACACAUCGCUGGAGUUUAAAAUGUUGUGCGACCCGUGUGUCAACGUCGUAGGAGGUGGAGGUCUCUGGGUUUAGGAGAGAUUCCUCUUUGAAUGCUUAAGUGUGUCCUGAUGUUUCCCUUCCUCUGAAGUUACGUAACGCGAAGCACCAUCUGCUGUGUACAUUGAUCUAUAUGCCAAAAACUGAACUGGAGAGCAAACUGUUGAAACACAGCGAAGUCCUCCCACAGAUUCCAACAACAAGCACGACACGGCGCCGCAACCACCGAGAUGGUCUCAAGGCUUUAAGUGAUGCCGCAGCGCUUUCCCCUCUUUCCUCUUUGUAUCGCGCUAUGUCCCUUUAACUGUGAAGCUGUAACGGGGAGGGGCCAGUGUUUGGCGAGGCCACUUGUCUCUGCUCACAUUCCUGACUCAGUUUCCCAGAAAGCUCAUGUUUAUGUAUACCUGGAAGCAGGAGGCAGAUAUUCUGAGGGGAGGAAACCGAAGGGACCCAAAGAUGGACGUCUGCGGCUCGGCCCGGUUUUCACGGCGGGCUGAGCUUCGGCCGCGUGGACCCAGGAACAGCUGAGAGGACACAGGAGUGAUGCUCUCGGCUCACUCAGGCCAACGCUGACCUAAUGUGGACAAUGACUCUGCAAAAAAAAAACAAAGACGAUCUUUGUCCGAGUUACUUCCUCGCUGGGUGUCACCGUCCGGCGGAGACGGGGAGAAGCAAACAGUCCCGAAACUCGCCUGAUGCUUUUUACUGAGAGGGAGAAGGUUCGAUCCCCCUCAGCUGCUGGAGGAGGAUCCAGUGUUAAAGUGAAGCUGCAGAUAAACAUCUACUGCGAUUGAUGUGCAAAUAUCCUCUGGACGCACUCACGCCCUUUAACCAUUAAGUUGUCCAGUAUUUCAGGAGAUUGUCACUCAGCCAAGGCCCAACAGCUCCUCAGAUUAAAUCCAGCUGCAACAAUUUCACACACUCAUAAAUAUUAGUCCCCUAAACGUGCAUUUCAUCAAGAUCCACAAGUGAUUCCCAGAGAAAUCAAUGAAAAUGUCAAACAACUUCUCACAGUGUUAAAGAAAUGAAUUCCUGGAUAAAAAGCUGUCCAGUAGGUGGCGCUGUGACUAUGACUGAAUAUUGUCAUGUAGAUGUCUUCAACGUAAACUCUUCUAAUAACUUUUAAUCGCAGACGUCUUUUUGAAGGUGGAGUUUGUUUUUAAAUCUCCAAAAAUGACCUGUUGGGUUUUGACAAUGACUCCAAGAGGCUUAAUCGUACAUUUGUGCGUGAUGUUCCACAACAUCUGACGCACUUUGCCAAGUAUUGUGAGUUUACGAGCAAGUUUAGCUUCAAAAUUGCGAUUUGUUUGGAAGAAAAGGGAAAAAAUACUUCUUUGGGUCAUCGCAGCAGUCAGAGCGUGUGCGACCUUAAAAAGGAAAAGACGAUGUUCUGCGUUAAGUUAGCUACAAACAAACGUAAAAACAGAUUGAAUUUAUUGUAGAAAUGUGACUCUAGUGCCUCCAGUGGAUAUUUGAACUACUACAAGUGAUAAAACCUCCAACUUUUUAUAUUUUAUACUAAACGAUUACUUGAUGAAUACAUUGUUAAAGUGGUAAUUAUUUGCAGUCCCCGACGAAUUGUCUUCUUUCUGCGAACCAACUCGAAGCUAAGUGAGCGUAGACGCAUGUGACGGACACUGUUUGCCUCCCCCCCCCGUCUCAGCCUCCGUGCGACCGCAGCAGGUUUUUGGACGCGGCGCUGAGGCUUUGUGGGACUUGGCGGGUUUGAAUGGACCCAUCAGUAAACCAACACUGGUGGGAGGCUGCUGACCUCCGGGUGCCCGUCCCCACUCUGCUCCAGCGCUCGCAUUGUCGGAGACACUCAGGCUUCUCCGGUUUCAAAGGCGACGGGUCUCCGGGGCAGAGGAGGCCGGGGGACAUGGCACUUAGCCGGGGGCCUCGCAGAAGUUUAUCCGAAACCUUUUAAUCCCUUCCAGCACCUCCGCCGCCGCCCGUCCAGCUCUUGACAGCUGCCGAGGACGACUUCAGCUGAACCCACCUGCGUCUUGAGGCCCGGCCUCCUGCUGGUGACCUGGAAACCCAGAUGGGGGGGGGGAAGGGUUUGAACUCCACAUUUCUUGUUGGUGAAGCCGAGGCUCCAGCUCCAGCUCCGGCCUCAGGUGUCUUAUCAUCGCGUUCGAUUCCCUGAGCUCAGCGUCUGUUUUUCAGAAAUCUCUGACGAUCUUUCAAAACCCAGAAGUGACGAGAACACGUCCGAGUUCGACCUGGGUUUUCUCACUGGUUUAAAGUGGGCGGGGCUCCGGUGUAAAUAGGAUCAAUGCAACAAUCAGGAUUCAUCAACAUUUAAAUGAAAGUGACGACAGCUGAUUUGGUUUUAAUUGAAACAAACCUCAACGCCCUGACAGGGACGAUUAACGUAGAUUUCAUUUUGUAACUUUAACUUAAGCUUAUUUUUGUCAUAAAUUUCAUUUCACAAGAUUUUAGGAGCUUUAAUCACAAAUUGUAACAAAAAAACAAUCUCAUCAAGAAACUAAAGAAGAAGUUGAACCUUUUUCCCAAGUUGUGAGUCUGUUUGUUUCCAAAAAUAGAAGUUGGCAGGAAAUGACACAUCUAAAAAAAUUAACAUGUUUUUAUAAAAGAAAUUAUAAAGGAAAUAGAGAUAAACGCACCUGAUAAUAAAACUGUGAUCCAAAUUCUCCAAACUCUUUCAACAACUUUUGGACACAAAGUUUAAAAGUUUAAAAGAAUAGUUCAACGUUUGGGGAAACACAGUUAUUAGCUCUCUUGUGCCAAGCUGUGGGAUCGCUGCACUUCACACCACACAAUGUGUCUCGUGAUCGGGAGUGUUGCACAACCGACUUUCACACGACUCCAUCUUCCACCAGGAGAUUUAACAUGUUAUAACACAACAAUUAACACGAGAUAUGUUGUGAGUUUAACACUGGAAGUAAAAAAAAAGUGUUAAAAUGAAAUCGGCUUUUAUUGGAAGUUAUACUUUCUUUGCUCGGUGCACAGAUUUUUUUUACGAAAGUUCAGAUUUAACGUUUCUCAUUCGUCAACGCAAAUAUAUUAUCAAUGAGGUUUUGUGCGUGGUCGUUUGUCGUGUUCUGUUUUGAAACAUCACCAGAGGUCGCAGACGUCGAGCUCGAUGAGUCGAAGGUCGGGACGUGGAUGUUGAGCAGGAAAGGGACGAACUUUAAGGGAAGGACAUAAAACUUUGGUAUCAAGAAAUAAAACAAUCACGUCCCUGCUGGUUCUUUAACGCGUUGAGAAAAACCUGCUGAACGACGGGAGGCCACGAAAAACCAAGAGACGAGCAAACAUUCCACGACGCCAUGUCAUAUACUGUACAGCAACCUUUACUUCUGUCCUCCCUCCGUCAGUAAUCACAGUACUACAGUAAAUACUUUGGACCUGUUAACACAUUAACACAUCUUUAUGUACAACUCCUUCAUCAGUAAGUAACCUUUAAGAAAAUAGUCAAAAAAAAACAACAAAACAAAAAAAUACAAGAAGUGCCGUACAAAUAGAAGCCUAAUAUUUUUUGUUUUGGUUUUGUGUGAGUGUACUGUACACCUGUAUAAUGUAUAUUUUAAUAUUUAUAUGCAGCUGUUGUAUUAAAGUAUAUUUUUAAGAUAAGAAAAA